GCCAUGUGGGAGGUGCUGAUCUCCGAGUACUGGGCUCUGCGGACAGUCAUGUUGGAGCUGGUCGACGUGCUGCAGGACCAGCGGCUGCGCAGGGUGUUCAGCUCUGCCAUGGAGGACGCCUGCAUCUACCCCAUGAUUCUGCUGGCCAGCGAUGACAUUGACAACAAGGAUUUUGCUGCCCUCUACAAUGCCCAGAGGUUCCUGAGGUGUCCCAGCCCGGUGAUGCUCUCGCUGGUGCUCACAGGCCUUGUGACACUACCAAAAACACCUGAAAUGGCAAGGAAAAUGCUGGUGCUGCUGCCCGACAUCAUGGAGAACUUGCUGGCAGCCAACGCUGAUGUCAGGAUGAAGGCCCUGAUGCUCUUUAACAACGUGAUUCAUCACAUGAAGAGGGAAGAGGCCAACCUCAUUGCUCUGAGGCUGGCGGAGAAGCUCCUGCCCCUCUUCGAUGAUGAGUGCAGCCGGGUGCGGGAGCUCUCCAUCAGCCUCUUCAAAGAUGUGAUGAAGACCGUGGUGGGGAGAAACACCAAAAAAAUGGAGGAGAAAGUGCAGGGUGUGGUGCUGCCGCUGUUCUUCCACACCAACGAGAAGAUCGAGAGCGUCUCCAAGGCUUCCUGGAACACCCUCCGUGCCUCUGCAGAGUUCCUGGGCUGGAGGAGGCUCAGCUUCCUGGCUGAGACAGAGCAGGCACACCAGAUCAGAGAGUGCUUGAUAACGCACAAGAGGAACAGCGUGGACGAGUAUCUGCGCCAGAGCCUGCCCUACGUGGAGAACCCUCAGGCCACCGUGCGGGAGGAGGCCGUCAGGUUCAUCGGUCUUGCUGCGCGGCACCAGAGGAUCCUCAGGCUGGAGAAGCUGUGGGACAUCUGCCACAGUGCCCUCCAGUCCUUGGGCAAAGACGCUGAGUUCUCCAUCAGGUCCCUGGCAGCUCAGACCAUCCUCAUCCUGACAGCUCUAAAGCAGAAGCCAAAGUCAGGAUGGAGCCUGUGGUCACUGUGCUGCUGCGCCUGAUGAGUCUCGG